UAAUUAUGAUUUAUUGUUAUAUUAUAUUAUUAUAUGUUUCAAUGUCUGUCAAUUGUCUUAAUUGGAAUUCCGUUUGUAUCUAUUGUAUACAUAUCGCGUUGAUAUACAAGUUAAUUAUCUUUAUCCGACGAUGAAUUAUAUCUGUGCAUAUAAUCAUCGAGAAGUAUUCAAAUUGUACAGAAAAGUACAAUUGUCGCACAUAUUCAAUUGUAAGUAAAUAUUCAAUUGGAUAAGAUUUUGUUGUUGUAAACUUUAAAAAUUUUAGAAAUGAAGAAAAUAAUUUUAAUACUUUUAAUAUACUUAGUAGCAUGUUUAAUAUUAAAUUUAAUUGUAUGCGAUAAUUGUUGUGAAAUUAAUUCACAACAAUUACCAUAUUAUAAAUUGAUGAAAUCUAACGCUCGUUCGGAUCAGUUAAUACUUUCGAGGACAUUAAUUAAAAAUGUGAAUGAAUGUAGAAAAUUUGCUUUGAACAAAAAAGCUUUGGCAUUUAAUUACGGCAUAGAAAUUAAUGAUGAGUUCAAUAUUGGUAUGCAUAAUAGAAAUAAAUCAUUAAGGAAAACAUGCCAAGCACUUGAGUGUCCUGAGAUUUAUAACUUUACUACACUUGUGCAAGAUAAAAAUUAUAAAUAUUAUAGCAUGUAUCCUAGUGUCAUCCCAACUGGUUCUAGUUUUACAUUGGCUUGCAUCCCUAGAACAGGAAUAUUUGCAUUUUCAAGCAAUAAUUUAAAUUACAGCCAAGCCCAGAUAUCUUGUCAAAAAAUAAAUGCAUCACUUGCUCAUAUAAUUAGCGAAGAACGUACCAAUGGACUCGCAAAAUAUAUUUCAUUAGACACACCUACUUUUGUUGGACUUAGUAAUUAUAACAAUGAAAAAAUAUGGGAAAACGAAUUUGGUGAAUCACUUUCGUGUUUUAAUUAUAGAGCAUGGGGAAGAGGACAACCAUCUCAUUUGAUAGGGUGUGUUACACUUAUAUCAUCUAAAUUCGGACCUUUUUGGAAAAUUGUGCCUUGUGAUAGCAUCUUAACUUUUAUCUGCGAAAUUUCACCAAUAUAUCGAUAUUUACAUAAUUAAAAAAUUAAAUGCUUUUAAUUUAUAAAUUCAAAUGUACUAUUAUUACUUAUAUUAUUAAACAAUAU